AUGAGUGAAUGUUUAAAAUGUGUAACACCAGAUGAAGAUUGCUUGAAAUACGCAAUUAUUUCACACAACAUUGAUUUUGUUACAUUCUUGAUGAAUGAAUUUGAUAUGAAGAUCGAUCUAUCUUAUUGUGUCUUAUAUAAUAAUCUUGAAUAA